AUGGGAAAGGCCGAAGCAGGCAGCACAAAAUGGGUCGCCAACAAGAUGAAGUCCAAGGGCUUGCAGCGGUUGCGCUGGUGGUGUGAGCCUUGCCAGAAGCAAUGCCGCGACGCAAACGGGUUCAAAUGUCACGUUCAGAGCGAGAGCCAUGUCCGGAACCUCCAAAUCGUUGGCGAGGAUCCCAAGAAGUACAUCCAGGGCUUCAGCAACGACUUCCAAAGGGACUUUGUGAAUCUCUUACGAACUGCGCAUAACGAGAAGUGGAUUGGAGUAAACAAAUUCUACAACGAGUACAUCCGGGACAAGGAACACGUCCACAUGAACGCUACGAAAUGGAGUUCACUGACCGAGUUUGCCAAACACCUUGGACGGGAGGGUAUCUGCCAUGUCAAGGAAGACGAAAAAGACGGAUUGAUGAUUGCUUGGAGAGAUACUUCUGUUGCAGCUGUAAACAGGCGGAACGAGAUCGCGGAGCAAGAGGCUGCUGAGGCUCGAAGCGGUGCUGGCGAAGACAAGAUGUUGAAGAAGAUGGCAAAGCGUGCACAGGAAGAAGCCGAAGCCAAGAAAGCUAUCGAGGCCAAACGAGCAGCGGCUCAAGCGGCUGUUCAACAACAGGUCACCCCACCAGCAGAAGGAGCGUCGCCGACAGAGGAGAAGAAGGCCGACUCCCCGCUCGAUGAACAGAAGCCAGGGGAUGUGAAGGAAGAUGCCGAAGAGCCCAAGGCGGAUGCAGCGCCUGUUAAGCUAAGCUUCGGCUUGAAAGCCAAGGCUGCGCCCGCGAAUAAGGCUGGACUGGGUCAAAUGAAGAGCCAGAGCAUAUUCAAGCGGAAGAAGGACGAUGCGACAUCGGAGCAAAAGCCGGCGAAGAAAGUUAAGUUAUGA